AUGAGGAACAAAAGAACAGAGAGCGUCGGAAACUCACCGGAGUAUGGGAAGAGGAGAGGAGGAGAUAGGGCAGCGUCAGAGCUCACGUCGAUGCCCAACUGCCUCUUUGACUGAAAUCUGUCGUCGUCUUCGUUUGUGGGGAAACACCUCACAGUUUAUAUGGUACUCUGGUUUUACUGUAAUUUUUAG